AUGGCAUUGUCACAUGAUGACUACACGGUCGCGUGGAUUUGCGCCUUGCCCCUGGAAAUGGCUGCGGCCAAGACGAUGCUGGACAAGCUCCACCCCCCACUAUCUCAGCCCAAAUCCGACCAUAACGCCUACACAUUUGGUAGUAUUAGUGGACAUAACAUAGUGGUAGCCUGCCUACCGUCAGGCGUUUACGGAACCACCUCUGCAGCAGUGGUACUCGCUCAUAUGCUUCCGACGUUUUCGUCUCUUCGAUUUGGGCUGAUGGUGGGCAUUGGGGGUGGUGUGCCGAGUAAAGAUGCCGAUAUUCGCUUAGGCGACGUGGUUGUCAGCAUGCCAACUGCGACCUUUGGGGGUGUAGUUCAGUAUGACUAUGGGAAGACACUUCGUGAUGGACGUUUCGAACGCACCGGGUCGCUCAACAAGCCACCACAAUACUUGCUAACUGCAAUAUCUCAAAUGCGCAGCAAUAUCACGGGUGGAAGCACAUCGAUUGAAGAAAUCACAUCAGAGAUACUUCAGAAACAAGGAAAGCUUCCACAACAUUUUUCACGCCCAGAUAAGGAUUGGCUGUUCCAGGCAAAUUAUGACCAUCAAGACAAGAGUGCCGACUGCUCCAAGUGUGAACCGGACCAACUAGUUACGCGCACGACACGAGACAAAGAACCCGUCAUUCAUUACGGUCUGAUCGCGUCUGGAAACCAAGUCAUGAAAAGUGCUACAACAAGAGACGCUGUUGCCCGAGAGCUGAAUAUCCUCUGUUUUGAAAUGGAAGCAGCUGGACUGAUGGACCAGUUGCCAUGUCUGGUCAUUAGAGGAGUAUGCGACUAUUGCGACUCGCAUAAGCACAAACAAUGGCAAGAAUACGCCGCUCUCACUGCCGCUGCUUACACCAGAGUUCUUCUGGGGGUAGUUCCUCUAUACAACGAUAGCCAGAACAGCAAAACAAAAGAAACGCCCCACUGGAUGGUACCGUUCGCUCGAAAUACUCGAUUUGUUGGCCGUCAACUGGAGAUAGAUCAUCUUGAAAAGCUCAUCAUUCAUGCAACAAGCCCGACCAAGGUUUCUAUUCAUGGACUGGGAGGGAUUGGGAAGACACAAAUUGCCCUGGAGCUGGCCUACCGCAUGCGAGAAAAGGUUCCUGAAUGCUCUAUCUUUUGGGUUCCAUGCAUCAGUUACGAGAGUGUGCAACAAGCCUAUACGAACAUUGCCUCGGCCUUGGGCAUUUCGGACACAGAGCCAGCGAAGAUAAACGAACAAGUCAAAGCUCGGCUUAGUCAAGACAGCGCCGGAAAGUGGCUUUUGAUUUUUGACAAUGCAGAUGAUAUGGAAAUGUGGACCAAGGGGAGCGCAACUGCGCCACCGCUCAAAGAUAACCUUCCCCGCAGUGAGAAUGGUCAUGUUCUCUUUACCUCUCGGAAUCGAAAGCUAGCUGUGAGAGUGGCAUCGCCUAAUGUUCUCUCCAUUUCAAAUGUCGAUCAAAUCACUGCCACGAAGAUCUUCGAAAAGUCACUCAUCCAAAAAGAUCUGCUGCAUGACAGCGAUACAACUACCGCUCUUCUAGAGCAGCUGGAAUUUCUACCUCUCGCAAUCAACCAAGCCGCUGCUUACAUAAAUGAAAACGAGAUCAUGCUAUCUGACUAUCUGUCAUUAUUGAAACAGCGAGAAACGGACGCAGCUGAGCUAUUGAGUGAGGAUUUCCAGGAUGACGGACGAUACGACGAGACUCGAAACCCUGUGCUUACUACCUGGUUGAUCUCCUUCCAGCAGAUCCGCGAUUUGGAUACAUUGGCAGCGGACUAUCUGUCAUUCAUGGCCUGCAUCAACCCACGAGAUAUCCCUCAGUCAAUUCUUCCAACUCCAACUUCGGCAAAAAAGAAAAUCGAUGCACUUGGUCUUUUGAGCGCGUAUUCCUUUAUCAGUAAUCACGCUGGUGGAAGUUCAUUCAGUCUUCAUCGACUUGUGCAUCUCGCAACACGGAAUUGGAUGAGGCGGAUCAAGGUUUUUGAUCUUUGGGUACGCAGAACAACUCAACAAUUAGAUGAUAUCUUCCCUCAUGAUGACCACAACAACCGAGUCUUAUGGAGGAAGUACCUACCACACGCACUCUAUUUGAUGAAUAGUGAAGAGUUCAAUAAUAUUCACUGUGAGUAUGUUGAUCUGUCUUCAAGAGUAGGACUAUCUUUACAGAGUGAUGGAAGAUAUAAUGAAGCCAGGGUUUUACUCGCUGAUUGUCUGAAAGUCUACGAGAAGGAGCUAGGAUCAGGACAUCCCGACACUCUCACCGGUUUUAGUCGUCUUGGGUCAGUGCUUACCCAACUGGGCAAGUACGAAGAGGCCGAAACUAUGCUCCGCCACGCACUAGAAAGUAUAGAGAAAGCUCUAGGACUAGAGCAUCCCGACACUCUCACUAGUGUUAGCCUUCUUGGUUUAGUGCUUGAGCGACAGGAUAAGUACGAAGAGGCCGAAACUAUGCUCCGCCACGUACUAGAAAGUAGAGAGAAAGCUCUAGGACUAGAGCAUCCCGACACUCUCACUAGUUUUAGCCAUCUUGGUUUCGUGCUUUAUCAACAGGGCAAGUACGAAGAGGCCGAAGCUAUGCACCACCGAGCACUAGAAGGCAGCGAGAAAGCUCUAGGACUAGAGCAUCCCUACACUCUCGCCAGUGUUAUCCAUCUUGGUUUAGUGCUUUAUCAACAAGGCAAGUACGAAGAGGCCGAAGCUAUGCACCACCGAGCACUAGAAGGCAGCGAGAAAGCUCUAGGGCGAGAUCAUCCCUACACUCUCGCCGGUGUUAGCAUUCUUGGUUCAGUACUUGCACAACAGGGCAAGUACGAAGAGGCCGAAGCUAUGCACCGCCGAGCACUAGAAGGCUAUAAGAAGGCUCUAGGACGAGAUCAUCCCUACACUCUCACUGGUGUUAGCCAUCUUGGUUUAGUGCUUGAGCGACAGGCUAAGCACGAAGAGGCCGAAACUAUGCUCCGCCACGUACUAGAAAGUAGAGAGAAAGCUCUAGGACUAGAGCAUCCCGACACUCUCACUAGUGUUAGCCAUCUUGGUUUAGUGCUUGAGCGACAGGCUAAGCACGAAGAGGCCGAAACUAUGCUCCGCCACGUACUAGAAAGUAGAGAGAAAGCUCUAGGACUAGAGCAUCCCGACACUCUCACUAGUUUUAGCCAUCUUGGUUUCAUGCUUUAUCAACAGGGCAAGUACAGAGAGGCCGAAGCCAUGCACCGCUGA